AUGUGCACAACCCAAGCUGGAGCAACAAUCGGAGACUAUGACUCUGCCGAUGCUUUCUUCAUGGAUAGAAACCCUAUCCAUCCACCACUUCCUGCAAGGAAUGACUAUGAGAUCAAGCCUCAGAUCAUAGCAUUGGUUAGACAGAACCAAUUCAAUGGCCUUCCAGCUGAGCAUCCUCUUGAUCACAUAGAAAACUUUGAAGAAAUUUGCAGCACUACAAGAUCCAAUGGAGUCUCUGCUGACUACUUGAAGUGCAAGCUCUUUUCAUUCUCUCUUGGCGACAAAGCUCACUCCAUUACCACUUGGGAUGAGUACAAGGCGCUUUCAUCAACCACUUCUACACCAAGCAAAGAUCAAUUUCUGGACUGCCCUAAUCAUGGUUUCAAUGAGGGAAACCUAUGGAACAUCUUCUAUCGUGGCAUAGACCACAAGUACAAGCUUUCAUUGGACACUGCAAGCAAUGGAAACUUCAUGACCAAGACUGUUGAUGAAGCUAAGGUUCUUAUUGAGAAUCUUGCAGCUAGUGAUUGUAACAACUGUCCUGAUUAUGACCGCUCAAGCCGCACCACUACUAGCUCCCCUGAUUCUUUUCAAAUGACUGAACUCAAGAACAUGAUGGCUCAAGUUCUUAAGGGACAGCUCAAGCAUAUCAAUGCAAUAGAAGGGAUGAGUGAUGCUAAUGAAGACCCAUCAAGAGAAUGCAUGGGAGAUUUCUCUAAUGAAGCCAAUGAAGAAGAUGUGAACUACAUUGGAAACUAUGGGAACAAGGGAUACAAUCCAAGCUAUCGCCCAAACCCCAACAUGUCUUAUAGAAACCCCAAUGUGGAGAAUCCUCAAGACCAAGUGUAUCCUCCAAGGUAUCCACAACAACAAAGACCUCCUUACCAAUCUCAAGGAAGUCAAUUUCAGCCAAGGCAAGGGUAUGAGCAGAGAUCAUCAUAUCCGCCCAAGGAGCCAUAUGCUUCUUCACCAAAUCAAGCUCCUCCAAACCAACAAGGUGGGAGAUUUGAAGGAAUCCUCCAACAGAUCAUGGAUGGCCAGAAGAGAAUAAAGAGAUGUAUGAGAAGAUGGACACUUUGUUCAGCAAUCUCAACACCAAGUAUGAUGCUGUUGCCACUCAUGUGA